GAGCUCGAGUCAACUGGGCGGGGUGCUAUAAUAAAUACCCUGAAGAUUGUGUGAUAUCUGCAUUUCUGGUGUAUUUGUUUUGUCGUCCUGUCAGAUCGAAUUAGCACAACAAUUUACCAUAUAACACGUCGCCAUGACGGCCACGCAGAUAUAUCCGUCUAUCGCUCCGAUAGCAGAAUCAGAGCUUCUCUACCAAUCGCAGCAUUUCGAUCCUCAAUCACAACCCAGUUUUCAGCAACAGCAGCAGCAACAACAUUCAUAUUUAGAUCCUGCCCUAGCCCAGCACGAUCUAAGAGUAUUCACUCGAGGGCUGGCGCAAAAUCCGAGCUAUGAUACCCCAAUAGCGCCAUAUCCUGCCUCGGAUAGUAGUGAGGGUUCGAUGGAUAUGUGGGGAGGUGUGAUGAAUUGGGUCGAUAGACAGAAUACCACCAUGCCUAUGCAUCCAUAUCUGCACACUCAGCCCCCACCAUCAGCACCUCUAUAUGCCAAAACACUUUCCUCGCCCACACAGUCGCUUUCCCCAAGGGAACCGAAUGCAAAGCGCGAUGCAUCGACUGCAGCCUCAGCACGAUUUCGCCAGAAAAAGAAACAGAGAGAAAAGAGCCUAGAAGUCAAUGUGAAAGAACAGAAAGAGAGAAUUGAAAUGAUGGAAUGUAGGAUAAAGGAACUAGAAGGCGAAAACGGAUUUUUAAAGGAAUUGGUGAUGGGCCGAAUUAAGUGGAAAGAGGAAAGAGAGAACGAGGAAGGAAAUAGCGAAGAGGAGAAGAAGUAUAAGGAUGAUGGAAAGACGGAGUAACUGGUGUCUAUAGGCACGGCCAUACAUGAAGAAUGCGGAAAGAAAAUGACAUUUGCAAUCCUGCUUUGUUGCGUGGAAUCGAAUAGGACUCGUUGGGGUUCCAAGUAUAUACCACAGACUUCUGUCAGAUAUUCGUUUGUUGGACUAGUUAGCUUCACUUUCUUGCUUUUGGUAGAUCCUUCCAUGGUUGAGAGUUUAAUGUUUUGAAUAGUAAGGUUAGCAAUGCAAUAUGAUAGAUCGCUCGUGUCUGCUCCGCUUUGAUAACCAACGUACGUACAUCGAAAAUACAAUACGCAGUUCAAGAAGCCCAAGAAGUGAUAAAUGUCGAUCGAAGCAAUUUACCCAAACUUACUCCUUGUCAUCGCAGAUAGACUCA